GGACACAAGGAGACAAAGCAGGGAAGGAAGCCGUCUGGGAAAAUAAGAUGCUGUUGGCUGGCUGUUCAAAAAUGGCGGUAGAUGUUCGUUCUUCCAAUACAAUAAGAAAUAAUAUAAAAAACCUGUCCAGGAGCAGCCAGUGCCCACUUCCCUACAGGAUUCCACCUUCAAUUUAUCUAAUCCCGCAGUCCUUGUAACUCUCUGAACUUCCGCUUGCUUCCUUUUUUUUUGUUGUGGAAGGCAUCACCAACCCCCGCCAUCGCCAAUUCGCCAUGACUGCCUCUAGUUUGCUCUGCAAUAAUCCAAUCUUCAACCCUAGUUCCAAUUCGUUCGGCAAAAGCAAUUUCUCCUCCUUCAUCCCAUCUGGGUCCGUCUGUUUCACGCAAAAGUUCCAAUUUCAGAGGAGCCCAAUUGUGAAAGCCAGCAAGAAGCAAAUAGAGGUAGUGUAUAAUCCUGAUGAGAGGUUGAACAAGUUAGCAGAUCAGGUGGAUAAGGAAGCUCCUCUUUCCAGGCUCACUCUAUUCUCUCCUUGCAAGAUUAACGUUUUCUUGAGAAUUACCAGCAAGAGGGCAGAUGGCUACCAUGACUUGGCAUCUCUUUUCCAUGUGAUUAGUUUAGGAGAUAUAAUUAAGUUCUCGUUGUCCCCUUCGGAUAAAACCGAUCGUUUAUCCACCAAUGUGUCUGGGGUACCCCUUGAUGACAGGAAUUUGAUUAUAAAAGCCCUGAACCUCUACAGGAAAAAGACAGGCACUAACAAAUACUUUUGGAUUCACCUAGAUAAGAAGGUACCAACUGGAGCUGGACUUGGUGGUGGAAGCAGUAAUGCUGCAACUGCUCUGUGGGCUGCCAAUCAAUUCAGUGGCGGUCUUGCUACUGAGGAAGAGCUCCAAGAAUGGUCUGGGGAGAUUGGUUCAGACAUUCCUUUCUUCUUCUCCCAUGGAGCAGCUUAUUGUACCGGCCGUGGUGAGGUUGUCGAAGAUAUGCCUUCACCUAUUCCUUUAGACAUUCCCAUGGUUCUUGUUAAGCCUCCACAAGCCUGUCCAACUGGUGAAGUUUACAAGCAUCUCCAAGUGGACCAAGCUAGUCAAGUCGAUCCGUUGACUCUGUUGGAGAAGAUAUCAAGGAAUGGCAUAUCACAAGAUGUUUGUAUAAAUGAUCUGGAACCUCCAGCAUUUGAAGUUCUGCCAUCCCUUAAAAGGUUGAAGCAGCGUAUAGCAGCGGCUGGCCGUGGACAGUAUGAUGCUGUUUUCAUGUCUGGGAGUGGUAGCACCAUUGUCGGCAUUGGUUCACCAGAUCCUCCACAAUUCAUCUACGACGAUGAAGAAUAUCAGGAUGUUUUCUUGUCAGAGGCGAAAUUCGUGACGAGAGAACCUGAUCAGUGGUAUAAGGAACCCGCAUCCACCACUUCCACCAUCUCCCCCUCGGAUUUCUCACGAUCUACUGGUCGAGAAUCCAGUUUAUAGAAGAAAAAAGAAGCCAUCUUUGUGUCAAUAGACGGUUGGUCUUGUUAUUUUCAUUCUUGAGGGGGUGUGCUGUAAUAUUUUUCUGACACUUAUUGGUGAGAAACCGCAAAAUGGUGGUACAAGACCAUAAACCACAGCUGGUCUGUUCGAAAACCAAGCAUCUUGUACUUGGAGAGGUUGGGAUCUUGUUGCGAAGACGACGGGAAAAGUGAUGCUUAGUGUUGUAUUUGAAAUGCAAUAACAAUAAGAAUGUUCUCUUCUGUAUUCAAAGACUACAUAAACAGAUCCAGCAGGAUAGAAUCCAUAUCUGCAGAUCCAAGUUAUGGCUGAACAGAAACAGAUGUCGGAGAGGACAACAUUGAAACCAUUGGGAUAACAUUUCCCAAACGAUAUCGCUUAUCGCCAUCUACGUCUACGAUUGACAGAGGACGAUGAUUAAUUUACGAAGGUUUAGAAGCUCAAUUUCAGAGGUGAAACCAUUUCUGCUGAAUGAAUCACGGAAAUUCAA